GGCGGGGCCUGGGCCGGGCAGCUCCAAAGGCCGCGAUUUCACAUCGGAAACAAAACAGCGGCUGCUCGGGAAGGAACCUCAGCUGCUAGAGGCCGGUGGUGGCGGCGAGGAAAGGACCUCAUCCAGGAGCCUGCAAGUGACAGCAGCCUGGGAGGUCCUUAGAAAGCUUGGCCUGGAGGAUAACACAUGAAAGAAAGAACCCCAAGAGGCUCUGUUUUCUGUGAAAAAGUAUUUCUAUACAGUUGCUCCAAUGACAGAGUUACCUGCACCCUUGUCCUACUUCCAGAAUGCACAGAUGUCCGAGGACAACCACCUGAGCAAUACUGUACGUAGCCAGAAUGACAGUAGAGAGCGGCAUGAGCACAGCAGCGAGAGACGGAGGCAUGGCAACUCUGAGUCGUUAUCCAAUGGCCGAGCCCCCGGUAACUCGCAGCAGCAGGUUGUGGAACAAGAGGAAGAGGAAGAUGAGGAGCUGACGUUGAAAUAUGGCGCCAAACAUGUGAUCAUGCUCUUUGUCCCUGUGACUCUCUGUAUGGUGGUGGUCGUGGCCACCAUCAAAUCAGUCAGCUUUUAUACCCGGAAGGAUGGGCAGCUAAUCUAUACGCCAUUCACAGAAGACACCGAGACUGUGGGGCAGAGAGCCCUGCACUCAAUUCUGAAUGCUGCUAUCAUGAUCAGCGUCAUUGUCAUCAUGACUAUUCUCCUGGUGGUUCUAUAUAAAUACAGGUGCUAUAAGGUCAUCCAUGCCUGGCUUAUUAUUUCAUCCCUAUUGUUGCUGUUCUUUUUCUCAUUCAUUUACUUGGGGGAAGUGUUUAAAACCUAUAAUGUUGCCAUGGACUACAUUACAGUUGCACUCCUGAUCUGGAAUUUUGGUGUGGUGGGAAUGAUUGCCAUUCACUGGAAAGGUCCACUGAGACUCCAGCAGGCAUAUCUCAUUAUGAUCAGUGCCCUCAUGGCCCUGGUAUUUAUCAAGUACCUCCCAGAAUGGACUGCGUGGCUCAUCUUGGCUGUGAUUUCAGUAUAUGAUUUAGUGGCUGUUUUGUGUCCAAAAGGCCCACUUCGUAUGCUGGUUGAAACAGCUCAGGAGAGAAAUGAAACUCUCUUUCCGGCUCUUAUUUACUCUUCAACAAUGGUAUGGUUGGUGGAUAUGGCAGAAGGAGACCCAGAAGCCCAAAGGAAGGUAUCCAAAAACUCCAAUUAUAAUGCACAAAGCACAGAAAGUGCGUCACAAGACCCUGUGACAGAGAGUGAUGAUGGUGGCUUCAGCGAAGAGUGGGAAGCCCAGAGGAACAGUCGCCUGGGGCCUCAUCACUCUACGGCUGAGUCGCGAUCUGCUGUACAGGAUCUUUCCAGCAGCAUCCUGGCCAGUGAUGACCCAGAGGAAAGGGGAGUAAAACUUGGAUUAGGAGAUUUCAUUUUCUACAGUGUUCUGGUUGGUAAAGCUUCCGCAACAGCCAGUGGAGACUGGAACACAACCAUAGCCUGUUUUGUAGCCAUAUUAAUUGGUUUGUGCCUUACAUUAUUGCUCCUUGCCAUUUUCAAGAAAGCAUUGCCAGCUCUUCCAAUCUCUAUCACCUUUGGGCUUGUUUUCUACUUUGCCACAGAUUAUCUUGUGCAACCCUUUAUGGACCAAUUAGCAUUCCAUCAGUUUUAUAUCUAGCAUAUUUGCAGUUAGAAUCUCAUGGAUUUUUCUCCUUUGACUAUAAUAAAAUCUGGGGAGGACAAAGGUGAUUUUCCUGUGUCCACAUCUAACAAAGUCAAGAUUCCCAGCUGGACUUUUUGCAGCUUCCUUCCAAGUCUUCCUGACCACCUGCACUAUUGGGCGUUGGAAGGAGGUGUCUACAGAAAAUGGUUUUGAACAUGUCAUUGUGGUGGACUGAGUCCCUCAGUGCAGAAACUGCCAGAUUUGAGGGACAAGAACAAGGCAAAGUGAUGGGCCAGAAAGUUGCUGUGGUCCCACCAGCAGGUGGACCUUUGGUCACAGGUGGAUUUUACCAACGCUGCAGACUCUCAGGACUACCAUUACCAAGAGGUUAAAUGAAAUGGUUUAAACCAAACAGGACUCUUCAUCUUAAACUACAUGUUGAAAGUCAACCUAAUAAAUCUGUAUUGAAUUCUGAACCUUUUCGGGAGAUACUGUAAGGAGAGCAGGCACCAGAGCAAAAUGGAAAGAUGGAAAGGGGCUCAAACUUUCAGAUUUUUUGCUGCAGACUUACCAUUUUUAAAUAAGACUAUUUUUCACCUGAGUCAAGUCAGAGGUGUAGGUUGAUUUUGACACUUCUUGUUCUCAAGCACUGAAGCUCAUUACCAUCUGUGGCUGCCAUUUCUUCCCAAGGCCAGUCUGAACUUAUUUGAGGUUGCUUUAUCUUAAAAGUCUUAACCUCAGGUUCCAAAUGCAGUCAUUUAUUUCUGGAAAGAGUGGAACUAUAACUCAACGAUUCCCUAUUACCCUUAGGUAAAUUCUGGAUUUUCCACCAAAUUCGUAACUUUUAGGCAUACUUGUAGGUUCACUUGCCCCCAGGUCCCUCCCUCCUUCCGUCUCUCUCCCGGUACUCCCCUCACAAGCACUUCUCCUAUACAGCGAAUAAGACAGCUCUGUUGUGGAAGCAGAUGAUCCAGUUGUUCUAGGAUUUUGCUCUGUGUGUGGUGCAAAGAAUGUGUCAUGAGUCAGUGCUAUCAGCCUUGCUGUCAUACUUUCUUAAAUAGCAAAUGCAAUGUGCCCAAAGACAGUAGGAUUAAAGAAGAGUAAGAUGGCUGGUGAAGUA